AUGGCUCGAGUGAAAGGCGCACCAUGCGUAGAUCGAAGCCCGGUUUCGGGACCGAAUCCUCCUGCGGCACCGGAAAUCCGUUACCGCGGCGUUCGAAAGCGGCAAUGCGGCCAAUACGCAGCGGAGAUAAGAGAUCCGUUGAAGAAAGCUCGUGUCUGGUUAGGCACUUUUGAUUCGGCAAUUCAAGCGGCCCUUGCUUACGAUGGGGCUGCAAUAUCCUUACGCGGCGCCAAAGCCAAGACCAAUUUCCCUCAUGAGGCUCUUGCUGCUUUGCUUCCUCCUCCUCCUCCACCUCUGAAAGACGACACGGUUUUCGUUAAUUAUCCUACUUCAAGCGGUAUGAGUAGUACCGUUAAAUCGUUCAGUGGACCUAGGGUUGGUUCUUCAACCUCUAGGGUUCAUAUGUUUCUUCCUGUUAAUGAUGAGGGUUGUCACAGUGAUUGUGAUUCUUCUUCAUCUGUGGUUGAUGAUGAUGAAGAUUGUGUCGUCGUUUGUUCAUCGGUUCGCAAGCCUCAGCCUCGAAAUAUUGAUCUCAAUUUGCCUGCUCCGAUGAACUACAAUGAUGAAGAGAUCUGCGCCAUCGACCUAAAUCUCUGA